UCAGAGAAAAAUACGUCAGGAUAGUACAAUAAUUAUUGUCUCCCUUUUAUCGAGAGUAGUCGUUUGUUUCUUAGAAAAAGGUAUAAAAUAACAUCCUGCUUAUUGACCCAAAUAUGUAGCAGAGCAACAUUCACUGAGUAUAGGUUCAUAUCAUCAGUGGACAGCUUCACUGUACAGUUCAUUGCAUCAGGAAGAUUACUGAAUCAUAUGGAUUAGUAAUAGGAGAGACCCAAUCACCACAUCAGAAUGGCAGAAAUCCUUGAGAGUCUGGAAGAUUGGCAAGCAGGGAGGAGUGUGGUAGAUUGCAAUAAGUUCAUGCUACAGAAUGAAAUCAACUGUGAUGUUACAUUUUUACUGGGGCAGAAAAAAGAGGCCAUUAAAGCCCACAAGUACAUGCUUGUGAGUCGAAGUUCAGUGUUUCAGUCAAUAUUCUGUGGUUCAAUUUCUGGUAGCAGCAACAAUGAUACUAUUCCAGUAUCAGACAUAGAUACUGAGACAUUCAAAACAUUGUUAAUGUUUUUAUACUGUGAACAAGCAGCUGUAAAUGCAGGUAAUGUAAAACAACUGUUAUAUGCUGCCAAGAAGUAUGCUGUGAAAGGCCUUGUGGACAGAUGUCUGACAUUUCUAGAAUCUUCAAUGAAUGUUCAGAAUGUUUGUAAUAUUUUAGAACAGGUGCACCUGUAUGAUGGGAAGAACCUGGAAGCAAAAUGUGUCAACUUUAUAUAUGAGCAUGCUGAGGAUGUCCUCAAGUCACAGGCAUUUACUAGUCUAUGUCCAAGCUGUGUGGAACACAUUGUUAAAGCUGAUGAACUGGUUGUGAAGGAGAGAUUAGUGUAUGAAGCUGUGUUGAGCUGGGCAGAUAAAGAGUGCAAAAGAAGACACUUAGAGGUUACUGAUGAAAAUCUAAGGACAAUGCUUGGACAGACUUUAUUCCAUGUAAGAUUUCCUCUUUUGGACCCGGUAUAUUUCACAAAUGCCAUCUCAACACGUGAGUUACUGACAAUGCAGGAGGUUAUCGCUGUAUACCAGUACUUUAAUGGUAGAGCACAGCCAUCUAACUGGAAGUUUUGUAUCAACAGGAGAAGAGGAUUUUCAAUUAGCAAUGUAGUCAGAUACAAUCUUAUUUCAAUGGAAGGCUUUCAAAGGCCUAAGUCUGGAGAGAGUGACUCGAUUAAAUUUUCCUGUUCAGAACAUAUUCUUCUACAUGGUGCAUCAAUGUAUGGCUCACUUGAUGAGGCGGCAGACUAUGAUGUGAGAAUAGAACUCUGGCAUUGUUCUGAGAAGGAAAAUGUUCAACUGGCAUCAAAUUUUCUGACCUUAAGUACGACACGCACGCAGCAUAUGUAUGAUGUUAUGUUGUCUGCCCCAGUGACUUUGUCGCCAGGCAAACAGUACAAAAUUUCUGUGGAGAUGAAAGGGCCCCCUACCAAGAUGGGAUAUGGCGGGAAAAGUGAUAUAACAGCUGAUGGUGUUAAUUUUCAUUUUAUGAGCUUGAAAGGUUGUAAGACGACAAUAGGGAAAGGACAAAUUCCAGGACUAUUGUUUACACAUACUGAUGUUAAACAAAAGAAUUAGAAGUACUUUAAAUUUGUAAAAAAUCUUUCUUUUUGAAGAGUAUUUGUUUACUAUUAUUACAUAUAUAACUUGGAACAUUGUUCCACUAUGUCAUUUCUGUUGUACAAUAAAAUAUGUUUUGACCUAGUCACCCAUGUUCUAAAGGACAGAGAAUCAUAAAUUCAUUAGACAAUAUUAUUGUUCAUCACUGUUAUUUUUUGACUGUUAUCUUUCUUGUUUUUAAUCUUUAUUUAUGAUAAAUAAAGAACAAAUUUCCUGAA